CUCUCCUCUGAAUUUUCUCUUCAUGGUCGGCAACUAUGUUACCUCAUCUGACCCCUUCAAUCUCUUCGCCUUCUCUACAUUUCUCUCCUUUAUUGUUCAUCGUUCCAUCUUCUCUUCAAUUAGUCGUAAUCGAUUAGUUCUGGGUUCUGUGUCGCGUCAAUAUGCCCAUCACUUGAUCGACGCUAUUUUCCACAGGAUUUCGCAUUCUCAAGUUUCCUGCAACUUUUAUCGGAUAUUCUUCUCUUUUUUUAUAUAGUAAUGAUAAAACAUCUUUGACGUUUCUUGAAUUCCCAUUCUAUUUCAAAGGCCGUAAAUUUCAACUUCCUCUGUUCCUCUUUCUGCCUUUUUCUCCAAUGGGAUGCACGAGCUCGAGGGAAGUACGACGAGACCGCUUCCGGGGCCCGUCUCCGUUCGUCAGGAGCUUCUCCAUGCCGGCUACACGCAGAUCCCAGCCCAAAAGCGCAAGCUUUCAUUUCGCAGCCCUCGAGUCCUCCGACGAGGAGAUGAUGAAGUGCACCAACGACCAGAAGCACCAAUCGUCCGCCGAGACCCGAGCGUCAAAAUCACCGGCGACGAUUCUGCAUUACGAACUCGAACCAGAAAUUAUCAAUGCGUGGGAACUAAUGGAUGGCCUCGAUGAUAUCACUCCCCUGCGACCAUCGUUCGCCUCAAAUUCCUUUCAAGAUAGCGAGAGGUGUUCGCCAGCGCAGGUUGCCACUGAAGAUUACAUAGAAUUUGACCUAGAUAUCAUUUCCAAUUUCCGAAAGGCCAUGAAGGAGCGCUCCCUUGAAGAAGCUCUGAAAUUCGCCGGAAUUCUUGAUGCCGAGCAGUCAAACAUGUCGCCUUUGAAGAAAUGCCCGCCGGGUGGAGAAAGGAAGGUCGUGCUGUACUUAACAAGCCUGAGAGGAGUGCGAAAGACCUUUGAAGACUGCUGUAAUGUAAAGGCUAUCAUCCAAGGCUACGGCUUUCGGAUCGAUGAAAGGGAUGUUUCGAUGCAUGGUGGAUUCAAGGAUGAGUUGCAUGAGAUUCUUGGUCCUGGGUGCUGCGGAAGUAAGCUUCCGAGGGUUUUUGCCAAUGGGAAAUGCCUAGGCGGAGCAGAGGAGGUGCGGAAAAUGCAUGAGGCGGGUGAAUUGGAAAAAGCUUUGAGGGAUUGUGAGGUGGUGGAGAUGAAGGAUAGGUGGAGUGUGGAGGCCUGUGAAGGCUGCGGCGAUGUUAGGUUUGUGCCAUGCGAGACCUGCUCAGGAAGCUGCAAGGUGUUUGUGGAGGAGGACGAAGAGGGAGGUGAGGAGAUCAGAGGAUUCAGGAGAUGUUGGGAAUGUAAUGAGAAUGGAUUAGUUCGAUGCCCUCUUUGUUGCUACUGAUCAAGUGAUGAGAAUUGCUCGAGUACUGAACGAUAAAACAGAGAAACAGUUUUUGCAGGUUUUUCUUUAAACUAUAUUUACUCUGUCAAUGUUUUUGUUCUGUUUAUAAUAAAGCUUUGCUUCAUUUUAUUGAGAGUAAGGAUUUGCAAACUCGAUUAAUAAAGCUGAGUCGUUAAACUGAAACAUUUUUCAGUUGUAAGGUGUUUUCUAGACUAAUUUGUGGCAGAGAUGUAUUUUUGCUUUUAAUUUUGGAAGUUUAUGCGCAUAUGUAUGCAACUAAUAAAAAACGUUGAGA